AUGCUUUCUGUGGAACAGAGGUACAAUAUCUGCCUGAUGGCAGAGAGGCAUCCCAAGUGGACGCAGUUGGAGCUCGCUAAAUGGGCUUAUGAGACUUUUCAACUGGAUAAAGUGCCCUCUCAGGGGACGAUAUCGAGGCUUCUGGCGAAGAAAACGACGUACAUGAACUGUAAAGAGCACGAGAAGGAUGCGAACAGAAUCAGGAAACCGAAUAACUUGCUGGUGAGGAAGAUACUACAGGAGUGGAUCUCGCAGAGUAUAUGGAACGGGAUCCCGAUUACGUCACCGAUUAUACAGGACACUGCACAGGCUAUAUGGCAUAGGAUACCCGCAGAACACAGAGAGGGGAACGGUUCGUUCAGUUACAAGUGGAUUUCGAAUUUCUUAUCCAAGAUGGAUGUGAACGUCUCAGUGCUAGACGAGGAGAUGCCCAAGACACCCAAGAUAUGGACCUUUGAGGAAAGAGCCUCGCUGAAGGAAAUCUUUGCAAAAGUGGAACCGUAUAACCUGUUCACGUUGGAUGAAACGUUUUUGGCGUACAACUUGCCGCUCGACUACUCACAGUACGAGACAAGCUACAUACAGAGGAAGAUAGAAGUAGUGACAGUGAUGCUGUGUUCGAACCUGGACGGGUCAGAGAAAUCGAAACCGCUGGUCGUCGGGAGGUUCAAAAGUUACGCCAGUUUCAGGAACUACUUUCCAGAUGAUCCAACGGAUAUGACCUCUCAGUCCCUCUUGGGGGAAAAGAUGGCCAAAAAAUUCGAGAUAUCUUACCACAGCAACAGGAAAUCAUGGCUUACGAGUAACUUGUUCCACAAUUGGCUAGUACGAUGGGACAAAAGACUUGUAGCGGACAACCGCAAGAUAUACAUCGUGCUUGAUGACUCUUGCUCGCACAGAAUUAUAAACUUACACUUGAAAAACAUCACUUUGGUGUACACUUCUGCAAACUCACGGUUCUUACCUUUCAACUGGGGGGUGCUCGACGAGUUCAAGACAAGAUACAGGAUACAGCAAUAUAAAGCUUUGAUAGAACUACAAAAAAGGAUAGAAACCAAGACCGGAAAGAGACAUUUGAUAAGUUUCGAACAGAGUCAACUCACUAUGUCCAAUGCAUUCAAAUUUAUCAAGACAGCGUGGGAGGGGAUACCCGUGGACACAAUAAAGGCGAACUGGAAGAGCGCAGGGAUCUUACCCCCCGGUAUGAUCCAGUUGAACGAAAACGUAAGUAUGGCUUUCAAGAAAAAUGAGAUUUUGGAGUCUGAACUGAACUCACUCUGCCACGAGUUCUGCUGCGAGAAACAAUGGGACUACGACAUGCUGCUCGACUUGAACAUCGAGAACAAACACACAAACUUUCUCAGCACGGAGGAACUCGUCGAAAGCGCCAUCGUGGAUUUGAUCCAACUACCAAGUGUUACACCGGCGGUCAGCAACUUGAACAGCACGGCCACUUCGCAAAUCGGUAUCGAUGAGCUCGUGAGAAGCAUGGACCCACCUAUGAGCGUCACACGGGACAACGCUUUAGCUACGGCAAUCGUUCAGCAAAAUACAAACACCAAUCAACCAUUUGACAUGGAACCUUACGACAGGGAACAGAUUCGUGUGCAAACGUUGAAUGGCGCCGGUAGUGCCAAUACGAUGAAGUACAACGAAAAUUCAAAUCCAAAUCCAAAUGUAAACACAACCGCAAGCUCAAACGCAAAUGCCACGCCCAGUCUCCUCGAUGGCACCAUUAACGGACAUCUGGAUCCAAAUCUAAACAAAUUGCUUUUAGACUCUUACGGCCAGAACGGAUCGAACAACAACAUGUACAACGUCAGCACGCUCAUCGACAAGCCAAAUUUGUUCAUGGACCAGACACCCGUCGAUCUGAACCUCAAGGAUAUGGGUGUUGAUCUGUCCUCCACAGAGUACUUCAACGAUCUGUUUACUCACCCUUUACAAGAGACUGCUUCCGGUACAAAUCACACGAAUAUUGCAGAUGGCGAACUAGCCUUUGCCGCACUGAGUCACAGCGGCACCAGCGAAUCGAACCAUUCCAGCGUGGCUGCCACAACAACCAACAGCACCUCACCUCACCACACCGGUUCGCUGGGUGGUCGACGGUCCGUGGCAGGCGGUCACCCCGCUGUAAGCACCAAUAAUGACAAUAUUCUUCUAACUGGCAAAGGAGUACGCAAACCUAGUAUCAGCUCGGGCCAUAUAAAUCCUACGCCAAUGUUCCCUUCUCCGUCAGAGUUUGAAAUCUCAAAUCUAGCUGGUCUACUCAAAUCGAACGGUAGCGGUGACAUGCACAACGAUUACUACCAGUUACCAAACACAACCCACGACCAGGCAACGGAGACGACUCCGCAAAAUAUGACGUAUUUUUUGAACUCAUUGCAGUCAAACCUGGACAUCGCGAAAUCGCUGGGGAACAUCAUCAAGCACUCGGAGAACAACGAAAUUAAUCUUUCGAGAAACACGCUCACAGAAAUCCAGUCGACAUACGUGAAUCUCUUGAAGAACAUCAAAAAUACAAAGAAACAAAUCUUUAAAGCCAAAAGUCAAAGCAAACAAGCACAACUCCAAGAUAUACUUUCCAAUCCUGACAUCGCCAAUAACAUCGUCUUAAAUUCAAACGACACAAAUCCAUUGAACGCAAACUUGAAAGAUAAUACAAAUGCUUUCAUCUAA